CAUGCGCCCGGCGCGAAGAUUGAACAGGACGGAACAAGCUCAACGAAAGAGGUUGACUGAAAAUGUCAACUAGUGGGAUUAAGCGAUCUUUGUAUCGCCCUGCUCCUAAGUCCAAUGUGGGUCAGAAUAAAAACAGGCGUCGUCUGGCUCAAGGUCGUCUUGUAUCUGGAGCAGGGCAACCACCUCAACCAACCAUCCGACUUCCACAAGGUUUUGAAGCACCUAAACAAACAGAAAGAACGCUGACACCACGCAAGCAAGCUCCCCAGGAGACAGAGAGCAGGUCACCACGACCUAGUGCCCCACAAGACAGCCUUGACCUUACAGACUCUGAGGUCGACUUCCCUCAACUCAGAAAGGACAAGCAAGUGUUGGUGCUGGAUGCUUCACGCCAGACCCUCUCUCCACACAAGGCGGAGGUAGACGUGGUGAUGGGCUUUGAGAAGUCUCCGGUCCGAGUGGUGUGUCACUCAGUACACAGUGCACAGAGGCAGCUCAGAGAUGCAGGUUCAUCCCAUUGGGAGGUGGAGGUAGACCAGGUUCCCCACCUCUCCAUGACAGAUGACCACCCCUCCCACCACCACGCCAUCUCCCCCCGGGUGGUCCGAGAAACGCAGAUAGAAGGUGGCCAGAAGGACCCGAUGUCAGCAUCCCGAGUUGUGUUUGUGGAGCCAAGUGAGGACAGAGUAGCGGGACAGUCACGGGUUCCACACUAUCCACAACCAAACUUUGACGAUUCCCAUGAGUCUGACUGUUCUACAAGGGUGGUGGAACCGGUCACUGUGGUGUCCGAGACACAGUUGUCCGACAACGAUGCUCCGUCGGUCAUCAGCGAGAGUGAUGCCUGCUCUCUCUUCGAAUAUGUGUCCAGCAGUAAGAAAGGAUCUUCCAGCUUCAAGACUUCUGCUAAGAGAACGCCAGGCAAAAAGAAAGGGGGCACUGUCAUCCCGUCACGCUACAUGCAGAGUGCAGCCAAGGUGUCCAAGUCACUUUCCUCUGAGAGGAGUUUCGCAGUAGGGAAGAAUGUUUCCCACAAGAGCAUCGAAGCUCCAGGCUCUGUGAAGAAGCGCAAGCCGAAGUCCGAGUCACGCAGUCGCCAAGUGACCACGCCUGUAGCCUCCACUCAUGCAGUAGCCAGCGACAAGAAGACCUCAACACCCACACAUGACGUGACCUCCAUGAUAUCCCGCGACAUCGACGCUUCUGCAAUACAAGCCGAGACGUCCGUCAUAUCUCUUGCGGACAUCAGUCAUAUCAAGCAAGACAAGAAACACCAGAAGCAGGCUGCCAACAAGAAGACGGAGGAGGUGAGCCAGGACCAUCUGGACACGCUGUACGCCCGCUACCUGCAGUGGGUGUUUGUGGAGGCCAAGGCUCGCAUGGCCUUCCAGUCACAGGAGAAGGAGGCUAUGGCACAGCUGUCAGGUCUGUGGGGGAACAAUGACAAGCUGGCAGCUCAGGAGGCGGAGCUGAAGAUGGAGCUGGCUCGACUCCGACACCAGAAUGUCCUGGAUGAUCAGCUGGCUGUACAGGAAGCGGGGCUGGAGACCGUGGUGGGGGGUCUGGACCAGAUGGAACGGGAGUACAACAGUUUGGCGGACAGUCUGGACACCACGCGGCACCAGAUCCGCACCACGGGGAUAUACAUCCCACCAGAUGAAGACCAGUUCCUGGAUAAACUGGAGUCGGCCCUGUUGGAGAGUGAGCAGCUGCUGGGGGAACUUAGUGUGAUGACGCGACAGUCCACCCCCCACGUCAGGUCCUUCUCCAACGCCCUGCUGACCGGCAAGACAACUCUUCAGGCACAGAAACAUCAGAUGAAAGGAUGCAAGGAGAUGCUCGGCGCCUGUCAGUCUCUGGUCAUACAGGAAACAUCUCUCAAGAUUCAGGAUAUUCAGAUCAAUACAGCCAAAAAUACAGGACACACAUCCGUCGGCUCUUGAUGAAGAUCAACUGCUGACCAUAUUGAACACGUCUGUUAUAACAAAAGAUCUUCAUCCAGAAUCUGUUUCUGAACUAUUAUUGACAAGGCUGGACAUCCAACUCACCAUGAGGAAGUUGAAAGAUUCCAAAAGGAUCUGUUUGCAUGUAACAGGCAGUAAGGCAAUGACAUUGGAUAUCAUUCCUCUGACUGGAGCAUCAUUUUCAAGAAAUGACUUGGUUCUCUAUUGAAACAUGUUUGUGAUAUUGGUUUAUUGGUAUAUAUAUAUAACUAUAAAGCAACACCAUGAUAAUUGUCAUAAUAAUUUAUUUUCACAUGAUGCAUACUUUACCUACAGUACACCAUGGUACAAUAACAUCCAUACACACCUAGUUAAUAAUAAUAUCACACUCAUUGUGAAUCUCUCAUCACACUCAACUGAAUCACAGGACAAUAACACAGAAUAUACACCCGCAACUAUAUUGUAAUACACUUUAUCAAGUGUGUUGUGGCAAGGCCAGCAACCCAAGGGAAGCAAGUCUCCUGAAAAUACUGUAACAAGCUGACCACGGAUUCAUUUGCCAAGUGCGUUCUGCUUGUAUAGAACAAUGAAAGGAUGAAAUCCCCGGGAUACUGAUGCUACUCACACUUCAA